AUGUUCGAUGCUCCAAACAACAACAACAACAACAACAACAAUGAAGCCGAUCCCAUCACAACACAAAUCCAACAACAACGCAGAGAAGAAACUAGCUCUUACGAUUUCAAAGAUAUCAUCAUUGAGCAUGGUUUACCACGAAUUGAACCUCUGAACUACAGUUACUUUGACCUUUGUGAAGAAGAACAAGAUUACGUCGCAAGAUCUUUCCAACUUUUUGCCAAGUGUGCCCGAGUCAAGAUUAACAGAAUGCUGAAGUUGGGAGGUAUUCACCGAAGAACCUCCAUUAGUUGUGGCUGUAUUGAAACAGAAACCUUUCAACUGAUGUUUCAAAAUAUGAAGGGAGCAACGUUUUUCCACUCUGACAGAAUGAUCUAUAGGCAUGGAAUUAAGUACAAAGUUCCCUGUGUUGAAUAUCGUUUUAAAGAUACCUUACCAGUUCUGGAUUUAUUUGAGAAUUGGGGAAGACAAGUUGUCAAGAGUUGCAUUUCAAAGGAAGACAAUUCUGUGGUCACAACUGAAUACCUAUUGCAAGUUAAGAAUAUUUCUUUUAUACUUGAAACAGAGUCAAGUGAAGUGUUCAUGCAUAUGUCAUACGAUACCAAGAUCAAAUACGACGAUGAUGAUGAAUUUAGUUUCUUCUAA